AUGGAUUCCUUCCCCGCGACACUCUCUGGACCAACAUCCAAGGAGCGAAAGUAUGAUCGCCAGCUUCGAUUGUGGGCAGCAACUGGUCAACAGGCGCUUGAGGAUGCACGGGUACUACUAGUGAAUUCAGAUGGCCGGCUCGGCUCCAGCGGCACUGGCGUUCCAGGCGUGGCAGGCGUGGAAGCCCUCAAGAACCUGGUACUACCUGGAAUCGGCGGCUUUACCAUCGUGGAUCCAGCAAUCGUCACAGAAGCUGACUUGGGAGUCAACUUCUUCCUUGAGCAAGAGUCCCUUGGCAAGUCGCGUGCUGAUGAAACAUGUCGGCUCCUUCGCGAACUGAAUCCCGAUGUGCAGGGCUACUCAUAUUCCAAGCCCAUCACCCAUCUUCUCUCUGAUCCAAACUUUCUUCCCCGUUACAAGCUGGUAAUUAUCUCCGGUCCAGUCAAGCGCUCUACUUUAGAGCUACUUUGCCAGAUGGCACAGGAGCUAGAGAUCCCAGUGCUGUACACCCACUCAGUCGGCUUCCACUCAACAUUCUCAUUGCAAUUACCCACUGAGUUCCCCAUCGUGGAGACACACCCUGACCCAGAGUCAACACAAGACCUGCGUCUCAUGAAUCCAUGGCCUGAGCUUGUCGCCGCCGCCGACUCCCUAGGUAACCUGGAAGCCAUGGAUGACCACCAACACGGCCAUGUCCCCUACAUCCUGCUCCUUUUGCGCUUCCUCUCCCAAUGGAAUCAAAAAUACGGAAGCCUGCCAGACAACUACAAAGAAAAAACCGCCUUCCGCGACUUCGUGCGCUCAAACGCCCGCACGCACAACCCCGAAGGCGGCGAGGAGAACUUUGACGAAGCCGUCGCCGCCGUCCUAAAAACCAUCUCCCCCUUCAGCCUGCGCAGCUCUAUUCGCGAGAUCUUCGAGAUGCCGCAAUGCCAGCAGCUGACCGCUUCAUCUGCCGAUUUCUGGAUCAUCGCUUCUGCUAUUCGGGCCUUCUACACUGCGCACGGCGUCCUUCCUCUUCCGGGCUCGCUCCCCGAUAUGAAGGCUCAAUCCGCCGACUAUGUUGCUCUACAGAAUAUCUACAAGAGCAAAGCACGACAGGACAUCGAGGAAGUGGCCGCGACUAUUCGUCAAUAUGAAGCACGACUCGGACGCACAACUCCCAUUCUCGAUCGCGAGGUCGAGGUCUUCUGCAAGAAUGCGGCGCAUAUCAAGGUCGUUCGCGGAAGAGGAAUUGCGCAAAUUAAUGAGAAGACCGAUCCAGCUACUUUGAAGGCGUUGCGCAGUGGGCUCGCCAAUCCCGAACCAGUGGCGUCUAUUUUCGUCGCAUGCCAGAUUCUUGAUGCGGUUGUUGAUGAGAUUCAAAGCAAUCCGGCACUAAGCGGGCGUUCUGUUGAUGACGAUGACCUUUGGGCUAUGCACAAGAACCGUAUUUUGACCAUAUUGUGCCGCGAUGAUCCGACACCCCUUGACGAGGCAACGCUGGAGACCAUUGACAAUACGAUCCAGGAGAUUCGCCGUGCUGAGGGGGGUGAGUUGCACAAUAUUGCGUCGCUGACUGGUGGCUUGGUUGCGCAGGAGUCGCUUAAGGUGUUGACGAGGCAGUACGUGCCCUUGGAUAACACCUGUGUUUUCGAUGGAGCGAAAAGUCGGAGCGAAAUGUACCGCCUCUAA